AUGACUUCGGACUGCUCCCCUACGUGCUGCUCCUCUGAAUCCUGUGCCACAGCUUCCGACUGUGUGUUCGCUUCACCCUGUUCCAUGGAAACCACUCACCUCCCCAGCGCCCAAGCCACCUCCAGAGGCCAGACCCCUAGCUUCCUAGCUGGGUCUCGCUUGGCAACCGGCUGUGUCACACCGUGCUACUUGGCUGGGAAUUGUCACAUUCCGUGCUUGGUGGGGAGCGGUGCUUGGUGUGAGGAUGGGAUGUUCAACAGCAACGAGAAGGAGACGAUGCAGUUCCUGAACGACAGACUCGCCAACUACCUGGAGAAGGUGCGAGGCCUGGAGGAGAUGAACGCGGAGCUGGAGUGCAGGAUCCGAGAACAGUGUGAAGGGGAGGUCCCCCUGGUGUGCCCCGAUUAUCAGUGUUACUUCGACACCAUUGAAGAUCUCCAGCAAAAGAUCUUGUGCACAAAGGCAGAGAAUUCUAGACUUGCUGUUCAGCUUGAUAACUGCAAACUGGCUGCCGAUGACUUUAGGUCAAAGUACGAGUCUGAACUGUCUCUUCGCCAGCUGCUGGAGACGGACAUUGGCGGCCUGCGUGGGAUCCUGGGUGAGUUGACUCUGUGCAAAGCCGAUCUGGAGGCCCACGUGGAGUCUCUGAAGGACGAUCUCCUAUGCCUUAAGAAAAACCACGAAGAGGAGGUCAACUUGCUUCGCGGACAGCUGGGUGACCGACUCAGCGUGGAGCUGGACACUGCCCCCACCGUCGACCUCAACAGGGUCCUGGAUGAGAUGCGCUGUCAGUAUGAAACGGUGCUCGCCAACAACCGCAGAGACGUGGAAGAAUGGUUCGCUGUUCAGACAGAGGAGCUGAAUCAGCAGCAGCUGUGCAGCACGGAGCAGCUGCAGGACUGCCAGACAGAGAUCCUGGAACUGAAACGCACAGCCAACGCUCUGGAAAUUGAGCUCCAAGCACAGCAAAGCCUGACAGAAUCUCUGGGAUGCACUGUGGCGGAGACUGAGGCCCAGUACGGCGCGCAGCUGGCCCAGAUGCAGUGCCUGAUCGAUAACGUGGAGAACCAGCUGGCCGAGAUCCGCUGUGACCUGGAGCGGCAGAACCGGGAGUACGAGGUGCUGCUGGACACAAAGGCCCGGCUGGAGUGUGAGAUCAACACGUACCGGGGUCUCCUUGAGAGUGAGGACAGCAGGCUUCCCUGUCACCCAUGUUCUACCACAAGCACGUCAGACAACACUUGUGAGCCAUACUCCGCGUAUGUGAUCUGCACGCUCGAAAACUGCUGCGUGUGAAUGCUAAAC